CGACAAUCCACAGAACACAGAUUAAGCUCCAGCUUCUUCUUCAAUUUAAAGUUUUAUUCUGAAUCUCAAAGUCAAAAUGCGUUCUAUUCUCGUCUUGGGUUUAAUUGUUGCCGCUUUUGCCGUCUACACCUCAGCGCAACCCUAUCAGUUACAAUACGAGGAAGAUGGUCCUAGAUACGCACUGGAACUCCCCAUUGAAGAAGAAGCGCUUCCUGGCCAGGUGGUGGAGCAGCAUUACCGGACGAAACGUGCAAUGUGUGAUUUAUUGAGUGGCUUGAACAUGGGUCGUAGCGUGUGCGCAAUGCGUUGUAUCCUUAAGGGACAUCGCGGAGGCUGGUGCGAUGAUCAAGGCGUUUGUAAUUGCAGAGUUUAAUCUAAAGUGCUUGUACUACU